AUGACUAGCAGACGGAGUCUCACUGAUGAUCAACCCUCUCAAAAACCUCCCCUACGACCUAAUGCUCCGACUUCACUUCCAUCUUCCAUAUUGAGCGUCCCUUCUGGAAUGGGCCGAAAAGUCGCCAGUGGCGAUCGAUCUUUCAAUCCCAGAUCGCGACAGUUGUGUGUUGCAGAUAUUCCUGGACUUCGGACACCUCCACAGGGUUAUUCAUUGCAAUACCCCCAAAAAUCGCCUUCCAGUACGGCUCCAAUAUCUCGGCAUGCAUUGCAAAAUGAUUUUUUCGAAGGCCGACGUCCCUCUACACCAAUCCGAUCGCGCGGCGGUCAUGGUGAGAUUGAUCUAGUGUCAUCAAGUGCAUCGCCUUUAUUGCCGACAGAAGGAAGUCCAAUGCUGGCCUCCUCGUCAAAGAAUUCCCAUAUUAGCUCACUUGAGUAUUCAUGUACCACCGAUAGUAUGUCCUCAGUGCGAGAUCGAAUAGUUGCCCCAUACAAGCCACGCAAACUAAGCUCUGAAAGUCUCACAAUGGUCAAGAAGCAGGGUAGAAGAAACACUGAGGGUAUGGGCAAGAAACGUAAGCGUCGAUGCAGAGGGACCUGCGACCAAGGACUGAAAAGGGAGGCCAAAAAAAUAGCUGCAGCGGAGCGGGACUACAACUCGCACUGGCUUCCUCCAACUCAGGUCGCGCCAACAGCCCUGGAAGGCGCGAUUUUACCAAACACUCGUAGGGAUCAUUGCCUACCGAAGAGAAUGGGUAAGAGAAGGCUUAUGUCUGAACCAGCCGCUCCAGUUGUAUCAAGAAGAUGGAGCUCAGUUGAGAUUGGCACACGCCAACUUAAGCUUCGCCCGCUACUGAAGCCUAACUCCGGCCAACCCGUGCAAGGAAAUAACCCAAAAACUCGACAUGCUUUCUUUGAUUCCAAUCCUCUUGGUGAGCGAAACAGAAGUUCAUCAUUCACUGCUGGUGCCAGAUAUAACGACAUGGUACGCUCUCUUCGCGACAGGUUGACUAUUCGCAAGGUCACAAACACUCAAAUGCUGAAGCCGUCUGCUAUAACCUUGAGAAGGCCCAGCGCAUCCAACAAAUCCGACAUGAGUAGCAACAUGGGAACUUCACCGUUUUUGACGACACCAGGGACCAUGUCUGGCAUACCGUCUAUUUCGAGUCGCCAGCCAACCUACUCGGAGAACCUACCACAAGAUUCAGAGGCAUAUAUCAUCACUCGAGAGGAUGUCGAAGCUGUAAUGGAAUUGCUCCAAGCAGGUCUACUCCAUACACACGAAGGUCGCCCGCCUGUCUCAGCUGCAAAUGGCUCGAGCCAAGAUCAAUCACCGCGUGGGAGCAGGUUAUCGUCAAUGUCUUUCACAAGUAAAGGCGUAGUACCUACAGUGCGUCCCUCUUCCUGUGAAAUUCACAUACAUGCAGCACAAUCGGACAACUCAAAAGAGACGUCACAACUUGGCAACUCUACUGCCAGAACAUUUUCUCCUAAUUUGCCCCACUCCCCAACAUGGAUUGUGAACCCAGAAAUUUCAGGAAAUCCGGAUAACUUUUUGGGAAUUUCUCAAACAAAUUUUGGCCGGCUUGACCGACAGUCAGAAGGAGAUCCCGGAAGUGUGCACGAAGUGAUUUGGGAGGAGCAUAGUCAACAAGAAUCGCAUUUAAGUGAGAGAGACCACGCUCACUUCGAAGGCGAGUCAAAGUGUUCUAGUCAGCCCAGUACAGAUCAAGACGAUAUUGCAAGUCCUGGACAUGACGAAACAAGAAAAAGCUUUCAUCACCGAGAAAAUCCCGAUCAAGAGCAUAGAACUAGCAAGAAUAAAGGCACCUUUGACCCCACCGAUGCUCGCAUGUCCAUCAGCAAAUGGUCCUGGCAAUGUGAGCCGGUCGUAAAUGGGGAUGAUGCCAAUUUCAUUACAAUUACGGAACAAGAAUCACCUAAAGAUCAUGUAAUUUCAUUCCCUCCUCUUCCUAGAAAAUCGACCCAUGAGUGGCGUUCCCCACUCCCAGAUAUAUCUAUUCCCAUUCGUGAAUCCCGGCUCUUGGGCGACAUAAUUUCUAAAGGAAAUAAUAUCCGCCCAUCUCACUCUCUUUAUAGCAUUGGAAUCGAUGCUCGAACUGCGAUAAGUUCACCCAUGUUAAGCGGUAUAGCGACAACCCCUAUAACGCGAAAUUCGUGGCUUAACGAAACUGCCAUUAGCCCCCCGGAUAGAGUAUGCUCGUGGUUGAAUGACUUCGAAUCCGAUGCUCCAAAACGCCAAAAAUCCGAUGCUGGUAUAGAACGAAAGAAAAGUAUCAUUAAAGCACACCCCAAAGCACCAGCUCGCUCUGGAAAUGCCACGGCAAUUGGCUCUUCGCUUGGAUCAUGUACAGGUGUUCGAAGAUGUGCGAGCUCACAAACGUUAUCCAAGCUGAGAAAAGUUACCAUAUUUGAUUGUUUGUCGAUUGAACCUAAUCACUGCGAAGGGAAAAAAUCAUGGUUCAAACACCUACAAGAUGCCGCAUUUCCUAAAUUGAACAUAGAAAGCGGAGCGGAGCCAGCAAGCUUCUGGUCGACGCUUGCUACUCGCAACAGUAGCAAAGAUCCCGUUACACGUUCAAUCCCAUCGCCACCCACAAGCCCCCACGGUAAUCUGAGGGACGGCAAGAAAGCCAGCCACAGCAUCCAACCUGUGUUAUCUCCAGACAUAUCAGAAACUAUAUCAGCACCAAGGUCGUCAGCUCGGCAAAGUCUAUCUUUGAUUCAGGAUAAGUAUACUAGCAUUCCACAAGUAGAUUUGAAUUUGUAUCUUCCUAAGAGAAAUUCGUCUUCACCGCGGAUCUCCGCUGCGCGCCAAAGCCUGUUGAAAAUCCAAGCGAGAUUUCCUUCGUUACCAAAACCGGAUCAUAGUGGUAUAUAUGAUUCAGUGACGGGCAUCCAAAGGAAAAACAAAGUGGAAUGCCUGAAGGACUGUAGGCACUUGUUACACACCUGCGAUGAUAGCGCAUGUGAUAGUAAUAUGAGCUCACCCAGUGUGGAUUGGAUUGGGUAA